AGAUCGAGCUUUGAUAUCUACUCCUCCUUCCUUCUUUCUCCCAAACAACACAUGUGAAGGGUCAUACUGACAAAGUUGUUCUGCAGUUAGGCACACUGAGCAAGUUAAGAAUGAAUUAAAUGGUUUAUGGGCUUGACUGAUCAAAAUGUAAUUUUUAAUAACAGCUAUCCUUAAAAAGUAAUGAAGUAUCCCGAUUUGGUUAAAAGUAGGCCUACUAUAUUUUUGUAAGACUAUGUAAUCCAAGACUGUUCAAAACGGAAUGGAACAAACGCCCCUCCCACUAGAGAGCAGCCUGGAGCAACUCAAGUGAACUUUGACAGCAAGGGAGGCUUUCAGGAAGAAGGCCGAACCAGAAAAACGGGUCCUUGGCGAAACUAGCGAGGAAGUCGGUUCCCAGUGAAACGUCGUACUCAAAACUCUUAGUUUUUUAACGUAAAUGUCAGUCACACAAGAGCGAACCUGAAUCAAAGAAAGCGACCACGCGAGCGGUUACAACCGCCAGGAAGAGAGGAAAGUGAAAGUAAAAAACGUCCCUCUGCUAGCAACAUGGCUGGGAAUAUGUCGGACGAGGAAAUUUCGGAAAGACCGUCUCUUCUGGAGUCAGACCUGACCUGUCCGGUCUGCAAGGAGCUUUUCCGAGACCCCGUGCUUCUGUCGUGUAGUCACAGUUUUUGCCGUGCCUGUUUGGAGGCUAGUUGGAAGCACAAAUCGACGAAGGAUUGUCCCGUGUGCAGGAAGUGCUGUGACGGAGAGCAGCCGAUACCGAACCGGGCUCUGAAGAACACCUGCGAGUCGUUUCAGAAAGAGAAAGGCUGGAGAAUCCCUGUAGCAGCCGAGGCGCUCUGCGGUCUACACCAGCGAGACCUACAGCUCUUCUGCAUUAAAGACGAGGUGCCCAUUUGCGUCGACUGCGUGACGCUGCACAGCGGCCAUGAUUUUUUGCCUAUGGCGGACGGGGUCCCGUUCUGUAAGGAGGAACUCGAUAUGAAAAUCAACAUCCUAACUCAAAAGCUGGAAUAUUUUAAGAGAAUGAAGAAACGAUAUGGUGACACAGUUACAUUUAUUCAGAACCAGUCUGAUGAAGCAGAGAAGCAAAUUAGGCAGGAGUUUGAGAGACUUCAUCAGAUCCUAAAGGAUGAAGAGGACAGCAGAAUUAAAGCCCUGAAGAAAGAAGAAGAGCAGAAGAAACAGACAAUUAAGGAGAAGAUUGAUAGCAUAGCUCGUGAAAUCACUUCACUCAGUGAGUUGAUUCAGUCAGUGAAGAGGGAGAUGGGAGCAGAGGAUUUGACUUUCCUACAGAACUUUCAGACUCUUAAACGAAGGGCUCAGUGGACUGCUGAAGACCCUCCAAAGGUUCAUGGAGCUCUCAUCAAUAUGGCCUUGCAUGUUGGAGCACUGGGUUACAAAGUCUGGGAGAGCAUCCAGUCUCAUGUCAAAUGCUUUCCUGUGAUCAUGGAUCCAAACACUGUUUCCCCCUGGCUCUCCAUGUCUCCUGACUAUGCAAGUGUGAGGGACAGCGCUGAAAGGCAAUCCUUCCCAGAUAACCCAGAGCGCUUCGAUCCCUGCGUGUUUGUCCUAGGUUCUGAAGGGUUCACCUCUGGGCGUCACCGGUGGGAGGUCCAAGUAGGGGAUAACCCCAAGUGGAUCGUCGGGGUGUGCAAGGAAUCUGUGGCCCGCAAGAGGAAGUUCACAGUGACCACGACUGGAGGGGUGUGGAGCAUUGGGCUGAGUAAAGGAGUGUACAAUGCCUUGACCACACCACGUACGGUGCUGACCGUGGAGAGGAGACCAGAGACGAUCAGGGUGAAGCUUAAUAUGGAAAAGGGGGAGGUGUCCUUCUGGGACGCAGUCAGUGGAAAACAUCUUUGCACCUAUACCGACAAAUUCCCUUCCAAACUCUUUCCUCUGUUCGGACCCGGGCUUCACCAUACACCCAUGGCUGUCCUGCCUGCCAAACUAACUAUUCAUAAACAGUAGUGCUGUUUGCUGUUUAACCGAAGAGCUGCUCUGCCAAACCUGUAUAGAUCUCACUAAUUUGGCCUAUGGGGUUUAUGUUUCUUAUACUUACAAGAAUCCUUAAAAACACAGCAGCUUUUAAAGGACAAUAUCUGCUUCUUUUAGCAGAGCUGAGUGCCUUUGCAAUCUUUCACUACAAUCCUGGCAAUCUGUUAUCCUGCACUGUUUAAUGUAUUCGCUGUAAAGCACUUCGUUGUUAAAAGAAUACUCCAGUGUUUUUCAACCUAAUCUGCUGCUUAUGUAUCAUACAGUUGAUUUAACAUACAUAAUUUUGAUGAGUUUACCUGCAUUUAGUGAAAAACAUGAUUGUAACAGAAGCCAAAGGGCAUGGAUAAGUUUGAAAGCAACACAGUCGUUUUAAACUUCUAGUCCUGCCGGAUUCCUAUUCAAGUUUCCACUGAAUAGGAAUCCUGCAGAACUACUACAGGAACAGAGCAAGAUUAGUAAUAUGCAAGGGUGGGUAGAAAAGAAAUGAGAACUUAGCAGAUAGAAACGGGAAAGACCUGAUUUUUAGUUUUUGUUGUAACAGGUUUUUAAUUCUACUUUAUGCAGUCCUUUAUGAUGAGACUUCAUAAAAGGUCAUGUGCAUAUAAUUGCAUAACAAGCUAAUGACAUCUUUUAAGAUCUGAAACAUGCUGUUUCUUUAGUGUCAUUGAUUUCAUGCUCACAGUUGCUCUUUUUUGUACAUCUGCAUGUUACCAACAGAUGAAUUCACCUUCUAAUUUGUGUGGAAAAUGACCAGAAACAGCAAAAAACAGCACAGGAGAAAAAAAAUACCGCAUGUGCUAUUAGAAAUGCAUUUUCUCCAUUGCAAACGGGAAGACAGCAAAACAGGAAUGUGGUACUGGGAUUCAGAAAAAGGAAACAAAAAAUAUAAAGGGCAAUUGUACUAAGUAUUAAAAUGUCUACAUAAUUCAGUUGCUAAUAAAGUCAUUCUGUGUUGUGUUUUGGUAUGAAAUGCACCAAUAUAAAGAAACCCACUAAUUAAAACGUGCUCACAAAGGCAAAAUAGACCACAUAGAAAUAGGGUUUUUUUUUAUUAUUAUGAGCAUUAUUUGUUACUAUAGUACUGUUGUCAGUAUUGCAUACAAAAAAAAGAAGAAAUGUAUAUAUUUGUGCAGCAGACACCAUGACCCCCAGAUUGUGACAAAGUCAAUUUCUCUACAAUUCACAAUUUCACAUCGGUACACAUUGAAUGUCUUUGUCUACAUCUCAGCAAUUGAAUUAUGUAGAUAUUUUGGAGACAUGUGCCCUAAUUACUGUUACAAAUGAAUGACUUAAAUUGGUUAGCUAAUCCAUUUUUACCUAAAUUGCCUUUUUUAAAUUAAAUUUAGAUAAUGAUGUUUUGGGUUAAAUUAUCCUGCUAAUUACCUUUAGCUGCCUAACUACAUAUAAUAAUCCAUAUGUGUUCUGCUUUGUGUGUCUAAAAUAAAUGUAAUGAUUGUGGA